GAAAGCGCUGACCGCUCUAAUGGAUCGCAUGGAGCUGCAAAAAGUCAACAUCGAACCUGACGAUCAGAGCAACAGUGGGGAAAGCCUCGAAGACAACUACAGAGGGCCGGCUGAUUCAGAAAAGGCUGCAAUUAGCAGUCCCUUUGCUAGUGAUGAUGCAGAAAGUCAGAAGUUCCUUACAAAUGGAUAUCUGGAUAAAAAGAAAUUGGAGGACUAUGAUGAAGAAUAUCACAGGGGUAGAACUUCCUUUGGAAUGUCCUCGUUCAACCUCAGCAAUGCCAUUAUGGGCAGUGGCAUCUUAGGGCUCUCCUAUGCCAUGGCCAACACAGGAAUUAUCCUUUUCAUAGUUCUGCUGCUCAGCGUAGCAAUAUUAUCACUCUACUCGGUCCACCUUUUACUGAAGAUAUCAAAAGAAGGAGGAUCAUUAAUAUAUGAAAAACUGGGAGCAAAGGCAUUUGGCUGGCCUGGGAAGUGUAGUGUCUUCAUUGCAGUCACAAUGCAGAAUAUUGGAGCAAUGUCAAGCUACCUCUUUAUUAUUAAAUAUGAACUUCCUGAAGUCAUCAGAGCAUUUAUGAAACUUGAGGAGAAUUCUGGAGAAUGGUACCUUAAUGGGAACUACCUCGUCAUACUUGUAACAGUUGUGAUUAUUCUUCCCCUCUCCCUUCUAAAAAGCUUAGGUUAUCUUGGUUAUACGAGUGGGUUUUCACUGACCUGUAUGGUUUUCUUUGUCAGUGUGGUAAUCUUCAAGAAAUCCCAAAUACCCUGUCCUCUUCCCAUCAUGGACCACGGGGUUGAAAACUGGACCGCCACCAACAGCACAGUGCCAAUGCACCUGGUCAUGUUAUCAAAUGAGUCACUCAGUUCUGGUGUGAAUUUCAUGAUGGACAACACAGCUGGGCACUUCCCAAGCCUUGAGGAGCCAAAAGAUAUCUCUCCGAAAAGCGGUGUAGAAUACGAAGCACACAGCGACAACAGUGACAAGUGCCAGCCAAAAUAUUUUGUGUUCAACUCACGGACUGCCUAUGCAAUACCCAUCCUGGCAUUUGCAUUCGUAUGCCACCCUGAGGUGCUACCAAUAUACAGUGAACUCAAAGAUCGCUCCCGAAAGCGGAUGCAGAAUGUCUCAAACAUCUCCAUCACUGGCAUGCUUAUCAUGUAUCUUCUGGCUGCCCUCUUUGGAUAUCUUACCUUCUAUGGAGAAGUUGAAGAUGAACUUCUUCACACAUACACUAAAGUGUACACAUUUGACACCCUUUUGCUGUCGGUUCGCCUGGCAGUGCUGGUGGCUGUGACCCUGACCGUGCCCCUUGUCCUUUUCCCUAUCCGUUCAUCUAUCAGCGCAUUGCUGUUUCCCAAAAGGCCAUUCAGCUGGAUAAGACAUUUCCUGAUUGCAGCAGUAAUUUUGGCUUUUAAUGAUCUGCUUGUAAUUUUUGUCCCAACUAUCAAGGACAUUUUUGGAUUUAUCGGAGCCUCUUCCGCUACGAUGUUGAUUUUCAUCCUCCCUGGUGCCUUCUACCUGAGAAUUGUUAAGAAGGAACCCCUCAGGUCUCCUCAGAAGAUUGGGGCUCUAAUUUUCCUCAUAGUUGGCAUAAUCUUCAUGCUUGUGAGUAUGACUCUUAUUGUAAUGGACUGGAUUUACAAUCCCCCAAGUUCAAGACAUCAUUAA